GCCCUCCCCUUGAAGUAACACGCGGGCCUGGUUUAGCCAAUCACCGCGCGGCGUUCAAGUAGACUGUUCGCCAAACUUUGCUGCUUCUCUGCCACUUUCAUUUGUGUUUUCCGACUUGGUUUCGCCAACGUCAUUUCUUCGGCACCUGUUUUCGCGAUGCUGCCGGCCCGAGCGGCCCGGAUUCCGCUCCAUGUUGGCACUUGGGUCCGAGCGAGGUAGUGGUGAGGAGGAAAAGGACGAGGAAAAGAUGUUUGGAUGGCGCGUGUCCAUCGCGGUGACGCUGGGCCUUCUUUGGUACUUGACCGAGUCGGGUCGAACUCUGGCUCAAUAUUUUGUCUGCUUCUUCUUUUUUUGCCUUUCUGCGCCGCUUUUGCUGGCCAACAGCGGCCGGGAGAGCAGCACGCAAACCGACGACGACCCUCUCCAGGAGACUCUUGAUGAACGCUUGAGUAGCGACUUAACUGCAGAAGGUAACGAUGACGACGCCGGGGGCUCUCUGGGGCGCCGCUAUCCUCAUGUCAAAAGAUCCCUGCAGCAUGUGUUCCACUGUGCCUACGCGCGACUGGUGUUGCCGUGGUAUGACGUUCCCGAGCCGUGUGAGCGGCAGCCGUUGCGCCGGGCGCUGGGCGAGGAGUUUGACUAUGUCAUCGACAGCAUUAUCCAGCUCACGCGGGACUUGGAUGUGUGCCAAACGGUGGUGGGCUCCAUUCGCAUUCUUACGCAGCACUUGCACGACGCCAAGCAACCUGACAGAGAGCCUUUGUUGAGCUGCCGCACCGAGGAGAUGGCGUUGCUCCGUGAGCUCUCGGACGCUCUGGUACGGAACCUGCUGCCUGAACACCUGUGGUGCCAGCAAAUGGCCCGCUGUGCCCUAAGUGAGAUUGUUGCUUUAAAGGGUUUGGGCCUGUUGGUGACAUGGCUGUCUGACCCUGACAACCUGAACCAGCUGGUGGUGAGCCAGCUUGACAGCGUCUCAACUAAAGGUUCGACAGAAGAGCUAUGCGCUUCUGACCCAGACCAAAUCUCUCUGGCUUCGCAGGAGGACGACACCGCUCAAGUGAACUUGGAGGGAGUGGAAGUAUCCACCAGCACCAGGAUUAAGGGCAAAGCCAAAGGCAACAAAUUCAAGGCGGGCUGGUCAAAAUUUGUGGACAAGAUGAAGACCAAGAAGGCCAAGAAGAAAAAGAUGAAAAAGCUGGAGCGGGAGCUGGUGAUGAGGAUCAUAGCGGCCCAGGGAGACGCGGCCAACGAGGACGAGGCCAGCAGCCGGGAGGGCUCCGUGCACAGCCAGCACGACUCCGACCGGGAGGACAGCGAUCUGGAGAACUACCUGACAAGCGUCCAAGAGGACAUGAUGGAAUUCAAGCUGUCUUAUGAAAUGUGGCGCGUCGGCCGCUGGGCUGUCAGCAUCCCUCAUGCUGGGUGGGAAAAUGAGGAGCUAAUCUUCACAGUUCACCUGGAGGAGAGGGACAGCCCUGAAAACUUCCAGUGGGACAUCAAGAAGAAAUACACAGAUGUCAUUUAUUUCAGAAACAGGUGGCAGGACUCCACCAGCUUGCCCAUGAUCUUGGAGGUCAAUGAGCUUGAGGUCAAUGACGAGGCUAAAGAAGCAGCAAAAGUUUCCGUGGAGCACUUCCUUCAGGAAUUAAUUUGUGACACGCUAAUUGGACACACGCAACCGGUGUUCCAGUUUCUGUGUCCACUGGACAAGCUGCUCAAUGAAGAGCAGCAUUACGGAGGCGUGUGGGGCCUGUUGAGCGGGUUGGCUUACUUCUUGACACCUGGACAAGAGGACGAAGAGAGCUCUACUCCGCCGACAGAAGCCUCCAAAGAAAUCAUCACAUCCGCAGAAGGUUCAGAGAACUUCCCCAGCUCCUCUGAGACGAGCUGCGUCGUUGGCAGCGUUUCACUUCCCACCAUCGUUAUAACCUCCUGUGAGACGCCCGAGGGAGACGACGAGGAAACCGAAAAGGAGCCGCGCCCAUGUUUCAACUCAGACUCUCCCAUUGGAAGCUGUGCCCAGGAAAAGGGGGAGGAUUCCGAAAAUCCCUUAACGCACUUUAAAAUGAUCCUCAGGGGACUAACCCGAUCCAGAUCGCAGGAGUCUCUGGCCUCUCUCAAAAACCACAGCGACGAGGACGCAUCCCAGUUGGAGUACGCGUCGCCAAGCUGCAGCCGCGAAGGAGGCCUUCAUGGGGAGGAUGCCACCAAUGGCCCGUCGUGGUUGCACUUCAAUGCCAGGACUAAGAAAGAGAAGACAAGCCCCAGGUUGUCCUGCGGGACUAACAAAUCCAAAGGGAAGGAGCAGGUGGUCCCGGCCAAGGGGGAUGAGGCCAGGAGUCAAGGCACCUGGGAGCAGCUUGAGGCCACCAAAGCCAUUUUUGAUCUGCUCAAAGAAAUUUCAGGAAACUCCAUUCUCAUUAACAUAUUUGACGCCAUUUUGAAACCCGUCAUGCCCAUUUUGAAAAAGAAAGUCAACUCCUUCUUGAACAAGAUGAACCCGAGCGAGGAGCAGAUGGCGGGGUACAUCCAAACCCUGUGUGACAAAGCGUGGCCGCAGACCCCAGCGGCCGCUUCUCCUUCAGCGCCGCCGCCGCCUCCUCGUACGGAUGACGAGAAAAGCGAGACCCGCGAGCGAGCGCACAACCUCAUCAGCACUCGAUAUUCGCACUAUCUGGUCCUCAAGAAGACGGACAUGGAGAACGUUUUUAACCUCUUUCAGGACGCUGAGAAAAACAAGGCCCUUGUUUAUAUGCUGCUGUCAUUCCUCCUGCGAGAAUUAUUCCCUCACGAGCAUUCCCUGACCCGGAGUGCUGCCGCGCUGCAGAACGUGACCAACCUCAUCACCUGAUCUGUGAAUUUUAUUUUAAUGCAGUUUUUUUUUUUGGUAUAUAUAUAUCAUGUAUAAUUAUUUAUUAAUCACCGUGAAAUGCCUUAAACUUUCAAACCACCUCAGCGCCAGUCAGCAAUUUCUGAUUGUUUUUUUUUCUUUUUCCUUUUACCUCAAAUUAAACAUGAAUGAGAAUUUUGAUUCAGAUUUUGUUUUAAAUGACUAAUCGUUAUUUUUGUGUGGAGGGG